CAGCGUGUCAUGGUCGGUGAAGAGAGAUUCUGUGUUUAGAAGGAUAAAAAAAACAACAAGGAACUUGAGUCUGCGGUGGAUGCAGUGUGUAUUUUUUUUUUCUUGGAUGCCGUGCUAUAGCGCUGAUAGUUGUUAUUCUUUGAAUAAGUGAAACUUAUUUAGAUUUUAAACACAGAUCUUGGAUGAUUGUUUCUGUGUUCUUAAGUACUUAAGGCUGACCUACAGGAGCAUCAUUUCGACUAAUACUUUCAUGAGCUAUUCCUUUUGAUUCCCUGACCAUGUCGGAACAGCUACCCGUCGUUCAACCCACGGCCGCCCCACGCGGGCCUGCACCGCCACUACCAGAAAAGCCGCCCUCAGUGGCAGAGCGUACACGUCUUCUGAGAUCUAGUUUCCGCAAGGAAGACAUAGAUAAACCCAAGGUCCCGGAAAAGCCUGACAACAAGAGCAAGGGCGCUGACCUGAAGGGCUCCAGUGCCUCUAUCAACGGGGAGCGUUCGCCAUCUCCACCACACAACGCCCCCUCCACCCAGAAACCGCCAGUGCCUGAGAAAUCCCCAGUGAUUCACAAUGUGGACAGUAACAAGGAAUUCAAUGGCAGGCCGUCUCCUACUGGUCCACAGCCUCAUAUUGAAACCACGGAAUCUAUCAACGCAGCAAAAAGAGAUGCAUUUUUUCGAGCCGGAGGUGACGGGCCAACGACAAAGUUUGAUCCAACGGGGCGAUAUGUUGUAGGAGGAGACAGAGAUCGUCAAAUCAAAAAGGAAGAUCCACACUCUGAAAUGGAGAAAGAGAAGGAGAGAGAACGUAAAUAUGGUGCAGAGACUCGCAAGGAGUUGGAAGGCUAUGUAGGCUUUGCUAAUUUGCCAAAUCAGGUGUACAGGAAGUCAGUCAAGCGUGGAUUUGAGUUUACGCUCAUGGUAGUAGGUGAGUCAGGCCUGGGCAAGUCCACGCUGAUCAACUCUUUGUUUCUAACUGAUCUCUACAGUGCUGCUGAAUACCCUGGUCCAUCACAUAGAAUACAGAAAACUGUCAAGGUAAACACAACACAAGUGACCCUCAAAGAAAAUGGUGUACAGCUCAGACUGUUGGUAGUUGAUACUCCAGGAUUCGGUGAUGCAGUAGACAAUAGCAACUGCUGGUUGCCGAUAACAGACUUUAUAGAUAGCAAAUACGAGGAAUAUUUAAAUGCAGAAUCUCGAGUCAAUCGUACAGCAUGUGCUGACACAAGGGUCCAUUGUUGUCUAUAUUUUAUUGCACCUACUGGACAUGGGUUAAAGCCUCUGGAUGUUGAGUUCAUGAAACGCUUGCAUGAUAAAGUCAACAUCAUCCCCCUUAUUGCCAAAGCUGAUACACUAACGCCUGAAGUUUGUCGAGAGUUUAAGAAAACUAUACUCAAUGAAAUAGCUCAACACAAGAUUAGAAUUUAUGAAUUCCCUGACUGUGACGAUGAAGAAGAGAUGAAAAUACAGAAAAAACUUCGGGAUCGGGUACCUUUUGCGGUAGUCGGCAGUGACAAAGUGAUAGACAUUGGUGGCAAAAAGGUCAGAGGUCGUCAGUAUCCAUGGGGUGUAGUUGAGGUGGAGAAUUUAGACCACAAUGAUUUCAUAGCACUCAGGAAUAUGGUCAUUAGGACUCACAUGCAAGACUUAAAGGAUGUGACCAACAAUGUCCACUAUGAAAACUUCCGCUACAACAAACUGGCUCCUUCAACAUCAGAAGGAAAUAAAGUUAAGCCAGGCUCUUUAACUAAGGAUCCUUUAAGUCAGAUGGCUGAAGAGAGGGCAGAGCACAAUGCCAAGAUGAAGAAGAUGGAGGCUGAAAUGGAACAAGUCUUUGAAAUGAAAGUCAAAGAAAAACGACAAAAACUGAAGGAUUCUGAAGCAGAUCUUCAAAAAAGAUCGGAACAAAUGAAGAAGAGUUUAGAACAACAACAGAAAGAGUUGGAUGAGAAGUGGAAAGAGUUUGAAAAAGAAAAGGCUGCAUGGGAGGAACAGUGGGGAGAGAGGAGGCGCUCUCUAGAGAACCAGAAAGACUCCCCCAACACUAAAGGCAGGAAGUGGAUGUCACUGAAGUAAAAAAGCCAAGAAAGGACUAUUCUAAGACAACAUAAAUAUCUACUCAAGUCAAGUGGGGCCAUUUGAACUACUUAGAACUUUUUUUUUACUACUGUACCAAAUGUGUGUGCACAAAGCUACUCACAAAAACAAUCUUCGUCCAAGUCAUUUAUGAAAUUGUUUAUUUUAGGAGUAUACAAAUUAUUUUGCUUUAUUUAUUUCAAAUGUAUGUUUCACUUGUAUUGUCAAUAAGAAGUCGACUUGAAUAUAAUUUUAUCAUUUGCUAAAAAUUGGUCUUUUUUUCUUAUAUAUUGUGAAAUUAACUUUAUUUCUAGAAAUUUAUUUAUUUUGUACGGAAUUAUUGGGUGUUACUUUUUUUUUUGUCAGAAUAACAAAAUGUUUUUAUGGGAGUAGUUAUGUAUGUUUUUAGACCAAUUAUUUCAUACAAUAUAAUUCAGUGUAAACAUAAUGCUAAGCCCAAUAGUGUCUGGGAAUAACAUGUAUAAAUACUGAAGUACUUAGAAAAGAAGGGACUCUCUCUCAGAAGGAUCUGUUCAUGUAUUGUUAUGAAAUUGUUCAAUGAAACAUUUGCAACUCAUCACUGAAUAUGUGUUGAGCAGCAGUAUGGCAUUGUAUAUUAUUCCCACAUAAUACUGACACAUGUGUUCAUGGCACUGACCCUAAUUAUUCUGGUCUGUGUUUUGUUUCAAUUAAAACCUUUUGAUUUGUCCUCACUAUUAGCAUGUUAUUACUCAUUUGAUUUGUGCACAUUAUUUUUUUAAAUCAAGUUCUUGUUAACAUUUUUAAUUUGUACUUCUGCGUUACUUUCUGAGAUGGUUGUUUUAUAUGUAAAUAGAUUAGAUAUGUUUCCUUUUUUAAAAUCCUGAACAAAAAAUAGUGACUAUAUUAUUACAUCAAACCAAUGUGAAUGAAGACAUUGAUAUGCAAAUAUUAAUUUUACACAUUUGCUAUUAGACUGUAGCAGGAGCAUCUUUAUUACAACAAAUGUCUCAGAUUUAAAUUUGCUUAGUAUAAUUAUUUGUCUGUUGUAGGCAUUCUCUUUAUGUUUCAUAGUUAUAUUCCUGAUUUGAGAUAAAUUUGGCCAAAAUAAUUGAAAAGGUGCUACAGUGACUAAUGUAUAUAUUUAUCUAUUUUAUUUUAUGAUGUUAAACUAUUUUAUAAGGCUCAUUGUUUCUAUGUGCAGUCUGGAAUGUAUUAUUCAACUAGUGCUGUACCUACUGAAAAUUUUUGGAAAAAGCUAAAUCUAAUCCCAAAGCAAGAUAUUAAAUCUUAAUUCUAAAUUUGUAUAAUUAGAUAACUAAUAUAUUACUUUUAGAGUUGCUAACUUUGUGUCCUUUAAGGCUGAAAUCAAUUCCACUUCUGGGAAUUUAAUAAAUCAAUCUUCUACAAGCAGGUCAUUACUGUAAGCAGUGAUUUUGAUUUGCAGUGUAAGGUUGAGAAUAGACAACAAUGGAGUAGCUUUGGACUGAUUAUUUUCCAUAAUUAUAUUUUUGGUAGGAUGAAAACACUUGAAAACAUGUACCUUUGACCUUUAAAAUUUGUUCAUUUUCUCAAUGUGUUUAGCACUAUUGAAGAAUGUUUUUUUUUCCAAAUUGUGUUCAUUAAAUUUAUUUGAAUCUGUGAAGAUGUCCAAAAUUCAUUUGACUCUUAUUAGUUAUGAAUUAAAAUACUUAAUGACAUCUCAACCAUUGGAUCACCAAUAGAAACAUUUCAACAAUUUCUUUCGGACUCAAGAUUUUGAUUUCUUCAGUGCUAUGCAUUCUUUCUGGCUGUAUUCAAUGUUUGUGUCAUUGUAAAUAGUAAUCCUUGUGCUUGAAGCUUCUAUAUUUGCAUGGACAGCAUUUGUUUUUUAUUGUGAACAUGUUUUAUGUCUUUUUUUUGUGUGUGUAAAUCACAGGUGAUAUCUUACUGAGUUUAAAUGGGGUCAACAAAGGCAACACUGUUUUGUUUUCAUUUUUGAAGUACAUGCCUAUUUUGAAAAAAAGGAUUAAAUACAUUUCUUGCUUAUGUUGAAAUGAAUAAAUUGAUGGUCACUAGUAGUAACUCCCAUCAGAUGCCAUUUAUUGGAACAGUGCAACAUCAGAAAGGAAACUUCAUUUGAUAUUAUGUUGUUUUUAUUAAAACUUAUUAGAAUUAAAAAAGAGCACACAUUGUAGAUCUAUGUAAGACUAAGUUCUAGACUUAGCCUACCCCAGAUAAAGGGCUGUACAUACACAGCCUACCCCAGAUAAAGGGCUGUACAUACAGAUCUAUGUAAGACUAAGUUCUAGACUUAGCCUACCCCAGAUAAAGGGCUGUACAUACACGUUUAAAAAAGCCUGUUGUUAAAGUGGUCUUCCUAAAUGAGCCACACAUUUCUCUGACUUAGAAUCCAGAAGAAUCUAGUUGCUGGGUACAUGUGCCACUCUUAUGGUAUGAAGACUAGGGUGUUAUUGUGUGACCUAAUUUAUAAUGUCUACUUAAUAUUCAGUUUGUAUUUGUGUGUAUGUCACUUUGUACAUAGAUACUAGCAUACUUAUGAGUGUAUAUGUAUAAAGAAACUCAUAGAACAAAAACGCUAUAUGCCAAUACUUAUAUCUAGAUUUAACAAGUUUUAAUCUAUAUGUACUAAGAUGCAAGCACUUUCAUCAGUGGUGAGGAUGUGACAAUUUUACAAUUUUUUUCUUUUUUUUUUUAUCUUUAACCUUGUCAACAUUUAGGUUUUGGUUAAGUCACACAUUUAAUCUAAUUAAAGAAUAAUUUAUUGAUGAACAUUAAAUUUAUACUGAACACUUUGUCAAUACUGUGCAUAUAUGAUUAGGGUUAAAUGGGUGCAGUUGGCAGACACAUCAAGCAGUUCAAUAAUUUUCAAAUAUUGUGUGAAAGUCAUAGAUCUACAAGUAGAAUAAGAAUCAUAAGAAAGAGUCGCAGGUUUAGUUCACAGAAAUAAACUAAUUAAAACACAGAAACUACUUUUUUACUUAGUUAAUCUUUUUCUUUGGUAAUCAAAGGUGCAUUAACUGGUUGAAUGUUAUCCUAAAUCAAGAUCUUGUUUGUGUGCAAUUAAGAUAUUGACUGGAUGAAUCAAACACUACAUCUCCACCACCAUGACACACUGUAUUCUUUGUUGUACUUUUGUAACCUGCUCAUCUGUAUGUUUUGGCCUUUUUCUUUUUUUUUACUAGACCAACAAUGAAAACAACUCAACCGUAAUAAACAUUUUAAUAAAA